AUGGCAUCUGCACGAUCAAAAAUCGAUAGUAGUGGUGAAUUUAUUUGUCAACGAUAUACUGAAUUAAGUGAUGCUAUUCGUGCAAAAAAUAAACUUGAAGAUCGUCUUCUUAAUGUUCGUUUAAAAUUUUAUGAACGUGAAAAAAAUAUACGUUUAAAUAUAUUACAUAGAGAACAACGUCAAUUAGAACGUAUACGUGCAACAUUAUAUAAAGAAACUAAUAGAAUUCAAGUUGAACAACAAACUAUUAUAUUACCAUCAUGGAUGCUUUAUAGACCAAAAUUAGAAAAUCAAAUAUUUCAAUUAACAUCACCAGAAAUCAUUGUUAACGAUUGGGAAUGGAAUUCUACGGAAAUUCAAUCAGAAAUCAAUCUAUCAAAUACAAUAGAUAAUAUUCGUUGUCAUACAUCGCGAUAA